GCCCACGUUUAUCUAUGUAGUUCAUCUCUCCUGUGGGUGGUCGGCAGGACUAUAGGUUGGAACCGUCUGCCCAAUAAUCCUCACUGCAAAUAAGAGCCAUGCUGUCGGAUGACCUAGGAGACAAGCUCGGCAUUUGGAAGCCCGAACUGACUACGACAAAAGCCGAAGAGAGCACGCUUGAAACAACUAAGGCAGCAGGGAAACCGACGGCCGACGACAAGAAUGCGACAAAACAGAGGAAAAUGCGGGACAGAUCGGAACUCGUGCCUUACACGUUCGCGGGGAGGAGUCUGCGUAUCAGGGAGAUCCAAGUGUCUAUGGAAGAAGAGGUGGGGUACAAGGUCUGGCACGCAGGUGAGGCGUUCUGUGAGUACUUGGAUGGCGGGAAUCUCGACCUGGUGGACAAAACCAUUCUGGAGCUGGGGGCGGGGACUGGCAUUGUUGGGAUUGUGGCAAGCCUAAUGGGAGCAGACGUGACCCUGACUGACCUGAGAGAAGUGCUGUGGAACCUGGAGGAAAACGUCAGGAGGAACACAGAAGGAUGCCGACAUACUCCGAAGGUUCAGGAACUGACAUGGGGAAAAGGACUCGACCGUUUCUCUGACAAGAGUUAUGACUUCAUCAUUGGCACAGACAUCAUCUACUUCGAAGAACUUCACAGAGACCUCAUCUUCACCAUAAAACAACUCUCUAGGCCUCACACCAGAGUUCUUCUCUGCCAUUAUCCGAGAUGGCCUUCGAGGGACAAACGAUUUCUGGAGUUACUGCAAAAGGACUUUGACAUCGUUAAUCAGUGCAAGUUUCUCACAGCAAGACUCUUCGAAGCAAAGCGUAUCUCCAAAAGAUAGCGAGCUGAACUGUCGAUUUU